CGGAUCUCCUCUGUUUAAGAAUGUUUGGGCGCGAAUUACUCUAAGCACGGCUCCCAGAAGGGUGCAAGAAGAAUCAGUGCACUGUGUUUAGAUCAAGAUGUCUGGUAAGGCAAAUGCUUCCAAGAAAAGCUCACAACAGUUAAAAAGAAAUCCAAAGAGAAAAAAGGAUAAUGAGGAAGUUGUGCUGUCAAAGAAAAAGGUUAGAAACACAGUGAAAACAAAUAAAAAUCAUCUAAAAGAUCUGUCUUCUGAAGGACAAACAAAGCACACUAACCUAAAACACAUAAAGAUAGCAGCCAGCAAGAGAAAAACCUGGCAACCUCUGUCAAAGAGUACCAGAGACCAUUUGCAAACUAUGAUGGAAUCAGUAAUAAUGACAAUUUUGAGUAACAGUGUUAAAGAAAAAGAAGAAAUACAAUACCAUCUCAACUUCCUGAAGAAAAGAUUGCUACAACUGUGUGAAACUCUGAAAGUCCCUCCCAAAAAGGUGGAAGAUUUAACUAAUGUAUCAAGUCUACUGAAUAUGGAAAGGGCACGAGACAAAGCUAAUGAAGAAGGUCUGGCAUUACUGCAGGAAGAAAUAGAUAAAAUGGUAGAGACCACAGAGUUAAUGACUGGGAAUAUUCAGAGCCUAAAGAACAAAAUUCAGAUUCUGGCAAGUGAGGUGGAAGAAGAAGAGGAGAGAGUAAAACAGAUGCAUCAAAUAAAUAGUAGUGGAGUACUCUCUCUUCCAGAACUUUCUCAGAAAACUCUCAAAGCACCCACACUUCAGAAAGAAAUUUUGGCGCUAAUUCCAAACCAGAAUGCUCUUCUAAAGGACUUGGAUAUUCUUCAUAACUCAUCACAGAUGAAGAGCAUGUCAACCUUCAUUGAAGAAGCCUAUAAGAAACUGGAUGCCUCUUAAAGAGGUUUUUUUUUUUAGAUUGUUCCAUAUUAAUUUAAUGUUCGUGAAUUUGUAAAACUGUUAACCUAUGACUAUAUGUACAGAGGCUAAGGCUUCUGUAGGAUUUAUUAUCUCCUGAUAUGCAUUUU